GUUUCGACCGUUGGGGCUGUAGUUUUAUUUUUAAUAGAGGAAUUUGCUGAAACAGGAGCUAUUGCUGGGAGUGCAGCAGCUGUUGGGGCUGGAGAAUUAUCAGUCGAAUCAGCAGCUGCUGGGGCUCUAGGAGAUGCUAUAGCUUUAGCUGCAGAGGAGGAAAUUGUUAUUUUUGAGUCAACAUCCGCUGCUGUUUCCGGAGGAACGUACGGAAGCCUGUAUUCCGGCUCCGCUUUAACAUCCGGUUUAGACUUAUUAGCUGAUACUGCUAUAGGAGAAUCAGCUUCAACAGCAGCUUUAGACUCAGAAAAUGCUUUAGGAGCCUUCUUUGCUAAUCAAAGUAUUAAUAUAGGAGCUGCAACUUCUGUUUCUAUAGGAUCAGCUAUAGGAUUAACAGCUUGGAUCGUAGCUAAUGGCUACGAUUACAGUUUAGAUCAAGUUGACAAACUAGUUCCUACAAUAGAUCAAGUAGGAAGUGGUUUAUUUAUGAAUUUAUAUUUUAGGAAAAAAAAGAAGAAACGUCAUGCCAGCUCAGAAGAGGGGAUGCUGCCUAAAUUGUACAAGCGGAAAAAAGUGCAAAGCUACUAAGAAGACGACUAAAGGAAGGAGAAAGACUUUCCAUACUCCUCCUGUAGCUUCUUGUGGAAAUUUUUUUGUAUGUGAUAGGGACGGGAAUAAUUGUUCUAGGAUAGCUAAGGGUAGAUAUGUUAGAAGACGAAGGGGAAGGGGUGGUAAAUUAACUUAUGAAGUUUGCAGCAAAAAAACAGGAAAAUGUCAAAAAGCUCAUAAAAGAGUUAUUCUUUGUUGUAAUACUAACAGACCAUGUGUUCAAAUUCCAGGUCAGAGAGCAGGACAACGUAGAAGAUGAGUCAAUACACAUUAGGCCCGGUUCAAUGGACUGUUUUUGGCAAUCGCAUGUGCAACUAUGAAAUUUUAAAACCAGAUAAUAACCCAUGUCACAGAAUUUAUUGUUUAACCUAUAUCCAAGCAGGAGGAGACAGUAGAAUUAGAAUAAAAAAAUUAACAAUUCAACAUCCAGAUGAUUAUUGGUGUUCUCCUUCAUCAUGUAAUAAACCAAAAAAUUUUAAAGGAAAUAAGUGCACAGAAACGUCAAAUAAAAUGUUAAGAUGGGAAAUAUUUGCUGCUAAUGUAGAACAACGGUGGGUAGUUCAGGAUAAUGUUACUCUUCAUCAGCCUUUUUAUCAUACAUGGGCUAUAGGUAAUUCAGAACUCGUUUUAGCUGAAUAUGAUACAGCUGAAACAAAAAGGGGUCAAAUAAACGGGUUUGUAGUUGAAAGCAAUCCAGGAGAGUAUGAUUGGACAGAUCCUGAGGAUAGAGGUUUUUAUAUCUAUCAGCAAAAUCAAUUUAUGACAGAAACUGCUUAUCCUACUCUCAUGCAAAAUGCUCCUCCUCCUGGGGAGACAAGCCUCUCAAACGCAUAUCAAAUAGUCACUGAUGAGGAUAAAAUUGGAAUAAUUUUGUUUAAACCCGAAAUAACAUUAGGACACGCACAUUAUUGCUCCGGUGGUACUCCUUCUAUGAAUGUAAAGUUUAAAUUAUACAUGAGACCACGUUUAAUUUGUGUACAACCUCUGUUAACUAUGCUACUAGCUAAUCAGGGUGCAAUGACUGAUUUGCCUCCAAUUCCGACAUUUGAUCACGUGGUUCCGGUGAAAAGAGGAUUAAAAAAAUAUCCUGAUAACCCGCCUCCGAAACCAGCUACUCCCUGCGUUAUUGUUUGCCAGGCUCCUACAAAUGAUCAGAAGUUAACCGAUUCAUCUUUGCAGACUAAUGGAAUGCGGUGCGUCGCCUCCCCCCCAUGUUUCCCGGAGAAGGAGCAGGAAAUGGAAGUCGAUAGAGAAAAGCAAAAAAACAUUCUCGAAGUUAUUGGAGAAACUACACAAUCCGACACAGUGCCAAGACCUAUCUCCCCUAGUGAAGUUCCAAAUGGGCCUUCUGUUGAUCCGUGCACUGAAACACGCGGAAAUGACGACGAGGAAGACGACAUCGACGGACUACUCACUUUUGAUAAAAUCUAUUUUGCAUAUAAUAUAUACACGGAUAUGUUCAAAGAACCCGAUAGCCUUGAAUCAUUUACUAACUACAUACGCCGAAAUGCGAAAUUGGACCGAGUUGCCGAAAAAAUGGUUGAUGCAUACAAAAAUAAAAAAAAACUUAAAUGAUUUUUACGAGGAAACAAAAGUUGUAACAAUUAAAAAUGAAAAUUUAUUAAAAUAAAAAAUAUUUACA